AUGGAUGACGUAUUUGGGGCCUACUCAACGGAUGACGAAUCCACGAAGCAUUCGAUGUCACGUUGCUCCAUCGUACCAUCGUUGUAUAAAGAAAAAGAUGAAAAGGACGAGGAAAGCAGCACUGGCAAGAGAAGAGCAAAGAAAGCCACCGAUACUAAUACCAGUUUUAAAGAAAAAACAACCGAUAAGAAUUCUGCCUGCAAAAAAGAGAAGCGAAAAGAAAAAGUGAAUGGAAACGACGAAGAAGAACUGUCUGGCAUCGAUCGCAAAAAAGAGACAGCAACAUCAGCGGUUUCACACAAAUCCUUGGCGCAAAAAUCGGAAAAAACGAAGCAGAAAAGCGAGAAUUUGCAAGAAAAACUCGAGAAAAGGUUUCCCGGCAAAAAGCGUACCAAAAAGAAUGAUGAAUCAGAUGGAACCGGAUCUACUAUUACUACCGCCACGUCUAUCAGUGCCACUCCUACAGCUGGUGCUUCUACGAGUGCCACAGUAACAGGAAUGCCAGAGAAGAAAAAACAAAAGACAGAAAAAACGUUGGUUGAAAUUUCGAUUUUCAAAGAUGACGUGAAAAAGACACCAAAAAUGAAGACUUCGACGGCCAGUUCGGAGCAGAAAAGAACUGCAACAAAGCUUGGAUCAGAUGAGCAAAUGGAGAAAUUAGCCAAAAAAUUGCGGAAAGAACAAAAGGAAAAACAAGAGAAGCUGGCAGAGGAGUCAAGGGAAGUGAAGAGGAAAGGUGGAAAACAGCGAGCAGAAAGCAGGGAAUCGGAAACGAGUAAAAGCAGUGUUACCGAAAUACCCCUGGCUACAGAAACGAAAGAGAAACAUUCCGAAGUGCCCGAGAAAAAGAAGAAAACGGAUAACAAUUCUGGUGAAGUAAAACGAGGCAAAAAAGUGGUGGAGCCGGAGAAAUCUGAUGUGCAAACUUCUGAUUCGGAAAGUAUCAGUCAGAUGGAUUGGAGUGUGAAGGAAGAACCAGCAGCGGAUGAUGUUGAGACGUCGUGUAACGGGGUAGGUUUCUUUAGUUAA